AUGGCCCUCGUUGCACCGAUUGCGCCCGCCUCGGCGUUCGUCCAGGCACGUCGACGUUCUCUGACGCCGCCGAGGCAGGAGGAAUGCCAGUUUGAGUACGCGUCUUCCUCUGUCGUCGCGUCUUUUCCUCAACAUAGCAUCGCCCCUUCGCGAUUUUAUUCCGUCCAAUCCACCCCUCGGACGCCGGCAACUGUAGCCGAAGCAGCCGCCGACGUCGCGUUGCGAGCCGCUCAGGCGGCAGUGGCGGCGGCGCACGCAGCCUCAAUUGCUGCGGAUGAAUGUACAAGUCGGGAUAGCUCAAACAAUGCAAGGUACGGGGCGGAGAUUUCCCCUGCAGACUCUCCGGGCUUCUUCGGCAAACGCUUUCUCCCUGUGGAAGACGCCCAGUCAGUGAGCGGUUCGCGCUGCGCGACAGCGCGGAGCUCGCUGGACGCUCCAGCCUUCAGGGUGGUCAGCGAGAUGCGAGACGCUCCAGAGAACUGCGUUGCCAAGGUGACAAAUCCCGAAGGUUCGACCGGCGGAUUGCCCGUGUGUCAACGCGCGACGACGACCUCGGUCCUUAUGGCCAAGUUUCAAGGAAGGAAGCCUCUCAGUCGCACGACGUCGGCUAUGCCCGCUACAGGGUCCGAAGUGUAUCAAGUCACGCGAAAGGUUCGCGAGAGCGGGGGGCGGUUCGUGGGAGUUUCCGCUGCGAGGGAUCAAGAGCGCUGCGCCUCGGUCGGCCACGUCUGUGCAAAUUUGCCUCCCGGGAGCGAUAUUAGCAGCCCUACUCGCCUGAGCAGCCGUUGCAGCUACAGCAGCGUCGAGAGGGACUCGAUCGUAGCUCUCGCCGUUACGCCUGCUGAGUCGUUGCCAGGUGGUUCCACGUGUACGCCGCUUUUUUCGGGGUUUUCCGACCAAAAACCGUCCCAAGGCACAGGCGUGCCUCUUCUUGUCGUUAGUCGCCAACAGGAGGACGACGACGCGUCAUCUGCCUUUCGCCGACUUGGGAUUGUGCGCCAAGUCACCGGGGAGAGCAGCCGCAUGACGAGUCGCAUGAGCGUUUUCAUGGAAGAUGCUGCAGCCGUUGCCAUGUCUCUGGCGGAGGACGGCUCUCUCCACGCGACUCCCCAGAGCAGGGAAGAAAACGACGACAGCUCCCAGAAAACGCCGGCGCAAACACGUCCAGAGCCUCCUCGGUGUCUCGUCAGACACGCCUCCAUGCCUGCGUUUAUGCCUGCCGACGAACAACGACAGAAAGUGCUAAAGGACGGCAUUCCACCCACGCUGACUCCACAGGAUUUGCUGAAGCUGCAGAGGGAAGCGAAAAAGAACUUCAACUCCCAGACCUUCCUGUCAGGCGCUACUCUCAAGAGUCUGUUGAUGGCACCGGACGAGAAGGGUUCGACGCUGCUCGUAAAAGCUCCAGAGCCCAAAGCGGAACAAUCUUUCGCGUGUCGCGCGCUCGAAGCAGCUCGGGAGGCUGCUGCCGCUUCGCCCGGCGGAAAUUUUGCUCGAACUUUGUCCCUUCCUGAGGAGACGGUGCCACGCAUGUCCUUCAUUGUGAUGGACGACGAAGAGCAAGAGGAACGCGAAACCAAAGGCCGACGGCGUCGAAGAGUGCUCAUUCUCGAAGAUGAGGAUGAGUUAGACAUUAUCGCUGCUGCUGAUUAUUACAAGCGCGACGGUUUCUCUACGUCCUGCAGAAACAUUGGCGACAGAUGCAGAAGUUUCCUUCAGAAAAUGGUUAGGCUCUGCUGGUAA